UAGAAAACAGCACACGGGAGGGGAUUGGGGAAUUGGUACGUUUCACAGGCUGGACCUAACGCUCCAGAAGAAAUAAGCAUCCACCAGUUUGGGGAAUUUGUACUUUGUAAUAGGACCAUCUGAAUAUUUCCUAUAGGUUUCUCAUCUAUAAACAAGGACGUUCAUGCAAUGGAAUUCUGUCUCAAAGGAUUAUUUUUACUUUGGCUUGCUGUUCCUCUCCAAGGUCUACGUACCUUACCAAAAAGAAUGGCACCUUUACAGAGAUUAAAGCAAGAUACAAACCAGGGCCCAGUGUUUGGGAGGCAUUUGUAUAGCGUAAACAUUUUAAAUUCCAUCCGACCAAUGUCUCCAAUCAUCAGAGUGACGGCAAAGAAAUCAGGAAUUGCAGGAAGUGGACCCCUAACCUACAGACUGGUGAACCAAUCAGGGAAUGAGUUUGAUAUUAACAAUCACACGGGGCAAAUCUAUGUGGUUUCUGUCGCUGGCAAAGCUGGAACAUUUACAUUAAGAGUUCAAGCUUCAGACCAAGCUGGCCGUUCCGAUCAAGCUAUUGUUAAGAUAAGAGUUGAUCCUGCAGAUUCCUCCAUCUCUACUGAUAAAGGUGUUGUGAUCCUUAAACUUAAUCAGACACGAAAUAGCACUGAGCAGCUGCUUCCAAACAUCAUUAGCAUUCUGACAGGCAUUCUUCAUCAGAACAUAUGGGUACAAUUAGUUUCCAGUGCAAAAAGUGGCGGAAUGAGUGGAGAAAUAACAUCCAUUUGGUUCCAAGCUGCCGAUAAGAAUAACCAGGUGGCGCGUGCAGAGGAGGUGCUGAGGAAUUUGACAGACAAUAUUCGGCGUAUUCAGGAAGAUCUGGGCAAGCUGUUCCGUUCACCUGUGGAGGUUUCCGUGUCGAAAGCACUAGCAGUUCCUGUAAGAUAUGGGCCAGAAACUGCAGGUGCUGUAGGUGCUGUGGGUGCUGCGCUGGGAGCGUGUAUUUUAGGCCUUUCCUUACAUAUUAUAAGCAGAAAGAAAUCUAAGAAUUUAGCAGAAGACAAAGUAGUCAUUCCGGGGACCACAGACCUUUCACAAAAGGAAAAAGAGAAAGAACCUCCCACUUUAGAUAAUGGAAACAAGGGUGCAGAGGUGAAAAAACUGGAGGCUGAUGAGAAAGGAAAAGAGGAGCCACAUGGAGAUGAUAGGAAAGAACCUCAGGAAGAAGCAGACAAAGAGAAAUCCCCAUCAGAAGAGACCACCAGUCCUGCAACAGAGGAGCCAGCGAAAGACGCGACCACAGCGGAUGAUCAGGGCGGUGGGCCAGUGGAAACAGUCCCUGCUAAAGAAAGUGAAGCUGGCGGGGAAGCAGCAGCCCCCAGCCCUGAAACUGAACAUGACAAAGCGACAGGAACGACAGCCCCUGAGACUUCUCAGGCAGCCGAGACACAGAAAGAUAAGGAAGAGGAAGGAAAAAUGCUUUCUACCACUGCUACAUUUCUGGAUGAUGAGUAGAGAACUGCAGCCUGACAGAAGAAUAAGUAUCUGGCUUUUACACACACACACACACAGUCAGGCACAAAAGUGCAACCUCCCGCCCUGUUAUAAAUAAGAAUGUGACUACGCUGCCCAUUUAUGCCGGAUCAGUGACCAUUCCUCCGUGCCGCUUGCCCCACGCAGUACUGCCCAGCGCUCUCUGGUUCUGCUUAUUGCACUCCGUUCUGCUAAUUCCUGCUGUAUCUAUUUCUGUCUUUCCUUCACUUUAUUCUUAUUUGCUCCUCACUGGGAGUCUUUUAGUAUUGGUGUUAGAAUGGAUUAUCUAUGCUUCUCCUCCCGUAAGUGUCUGAUAAAUACUUUCUAAGGCUUUCAUAGUGCCUAGAAUAAAGCCCAUUACAUUCUGGU